CGCUACGGAGCGGUCGUCUCGCCGCGCUCACCGCGACCUUGACACGGACCGCGCCUGCGACCAUUCGGAAUCCAAAGUCUUUCCAAAAAGGCCGCGACUUUCGCGUUUCUUCUGCGAACUAAUUUUGACAGCUGCCGUUCGGUUUUCAAAUUUGAAAAUCGCAUUCGUUUUUUUGUGUGUGUUGUGGACAUUGAUUGACUGUUUGCUGGUUCACGUGCUUCGUCGCUGCGUUUGAGAUCGGGCUCGGUGGCAGCAAUAUCCUCGAGCGCGGGAUGCUCUGAGCGGCGCCGGAAGUGGUGGCGGCAAGAUGGCGGCGCUCCGCACUUCCGGUCUGCUGCUGGCGCUGCAGCUCGUCUGCGCAGUCGCCGGGAAGUGCUCCACGGGCUUCUCAGUGGUGGCGCCAGAAGUGGCGGUGCCUGGGAAGACUACAGCCAUCCUUGUCACUCUGCACGGGCGCGGCGGAGAGGCCCUGGACCCUCUCAACGUGACCGUGCGGCUGGAGACGCAGGAGUCUGAUAAUGACGUGAAGCUUCUGACGACGGCUAGCCAGAUGAUUACUAACUACGGCAUCAUCCCUCUCAAGAUCCCCCCCUCCCCGGCCUCACACUGCACCCUGCACACCACGGUGGGGUGCGCCGCUGACGCCGAGUGCGCCGCGCGCAGCCACAGCGUCAUCCGCCUGCUCGGGCCCGUGCGCGACGUGGUGCUGCGCCCGGCGAGGCGCCACUACCGACCGGGGGAGACUAUAACCUUCUGGAUCCUGGCCCUGGACCACGACCUGCGGCUGGUGCGGGGCGAGCUGGCCUACAUCGCGCUCAGCGACCCGGCUGGGACCAAGGUGGCGGUGUGGGAGCAACUGUCUAUGGAUGAAGGUGUGCGAAAGCUCAGCACCACCCUAGCCCCGGGCGCGCGCGCAGGCACCUGGCGCGUUCAAGCCCGCUGCGGCGGCAGCACCAGCACCGUGGACCUGGCGGUGGACGCGGGCUCCGGAGGCGCCGCCCCCGCCGCGCCGGCUGCUGAACAACACUACGUGGAGCUGAGGUUCGCGGACAGCAUGCGGAGACGGUACAAGCCGGGGCUGCCGUUUGUUGGACGGGUGGAAGCUAUGAGUACAGAGAAGAAGGUUCGAGUACGAGUCAAACUGUACGACGAUAAGACCGAUAUCUACAGUCAGGACAUCGACAUGUCUACUGGAGAAGGAGGCUUCGUGGUUCCAACUGUCAUGGCCGACGCACCCUAUGUCAACUUACAGGCCGAGCUUGUGGCCGUGGAGGGGAAAGAGAUAGAAACACACUACGUCCUCGCGCGAGAAAGAAUAAGAAGAUGGAAUUCUACGGCGAAGUGCUACCUGCUCAUUGAAAACCUACCAACGCCUCUUCAGGCCGGCACAGCAGCGAGCGCCAGUGUGUGGUCUUCGUGCGGCUGCCGCGAGCUGCUGCUGGCUGCCGUCACCAGCGGAGGCCGCGCCGUGCACUGGGCCGCCGUCCCCGCCCACAACGAUACCGGGGGACUGUGCCGGUUUAACUACACGUUCCCAGUGACAGCUGACAUGGCGCCGGUGAGCUCGCUGCUGGUCUACUACGUCACUGCCGCCGGGGAGCCCGUCAGUGACGUGGCCUCUUUCCACGUCAAACUACUGCAUAAGGAGGUGGCAGUAGCAGUCGAGGAGCGUCGCUGGUGGUACCCGCGCGCCACCCUGCAACUACGCGUGCUGGCGCCGCCGGACUCCACCGUGUGUCUGAUAGGAGCCCGCUCACCGCCUGAUUCCAGAUUCGACCCUCAUCAGAGCUCAUCGCCCGACCACGAGGAGCCAGGGCCGGAGUUCGUCUCCGCCGGAGUCUCGCUCUUCGUCGGAGGAGGCGCGUGCGGCGGCGGCGUCCUGUACCGGCAGCGCACCGCCCCCGCGCCCCGCGCCCCCGCGCAGCUGGUGCCCCCCGCCAGCCAUGACCGGCUGUGGAUGUGGAACUGCUUCAAUUAUACGACGCAGCUAUCGACCGACGGGGUGACCAUCACAGCGCCGUCCGAGGCCGGGCGCUGGUCUCUCUGGGCUCUCUCUCUCUCCAGCCGAGGCCUCCGGUUCUCUUCUCCGAAGACCAUCAACGUGUUCCGCCCCAUCCAGCUUGACUUCACUCUCCCGCCCGCCCUGAAGGUCGGCGAGACGGUCGAGAUCGAUGUGAAGAUCACUAAUAAUAUCAACAAUUGUAUGGAUGUGACGUCACUACUGGCGUUGAGCGCCGGCGCAGCAUUCGCCAGCACCGGCGCCCUGUACGUGACGGAGCGCCUGCGCCUCGGCCCGCGCGGCGGCACCCAGCUAGUCGUCCGCGUCGCCGUCAACACGCCCGGACGCAAGAACAUCACAGUGGAAGUGACGGGCUACAGUGCGGACAACUGCUCUGUCUCCUACACGUCGUUCAACAACGAGACGCUGGUGGGGUCGGUGAUCCGCUCGGCCAGCGUGCUGGCGCUGCCCGAGGGGCUGCAGCGGAGCGACCACCAGACCGCCUACUUCUGUGCUAAUGAGCAUCUAGCCGUAUCGACCAGGAACUCAUGGGAGUGGCAGUGGGUGUCGGCUCCGAGGAACAGGGCUGGCCUGGUGUUGGAGCUGCGGUCACAGGGUCCGGCGCACGUCGCUUUGUCCAGCAUACGGGACCCUUCGGACGAUAUGUACCGAGUCGUGUUUGAGAGGAGCAAAGUGUGGAUCGCUAGGGGGAAGCAUGGCUACGACGUGCACCUAGCCUCAGCCGAACAGACGGACGCUGACGACGAAUGCUCAGGCUCCGACUCCUGGUGCGCAUGGUGGGUGUGGUGGGAGGGCGGCCGGCUGUCCGUGGGGCGCGGGGCGGUGCCGUCGGAGCGGCGGCUGCUGGCCUGGCCGCUUGCGCAAGAUAUGAAGAUUAACUAUGUCGGGUUCAGCGCGCUUUGGGGCGAUAAGGCAGAUUUUAGAAUAUGGAACUUCAACGAUGAAGCCGGCUUCUCUCAAGUCCUAGAACUUGGCCUCCCUCACGGCGUGGUGCCGGGGUCAGCCAGCGGCACCCUACUAAUAUCUGGAGGCCUCCACCUGCCCAUGUUCACUAUGCAGUCGGAGGCCACGGACCAGUGGGCGGAUGUCUGGAGGGACUCCCAGUUGUCGGCUGCCGCCGCCAGUAUUGCGCCGCUGUUGGCGCUGGAGCAUAUUCCUCACUUGGUGGACGAGGCUGAACGGGAGAAGAUCUUGAAGAAGUUGCCUGAGCAGGUCCAAAUCUUACUAUCAUUCCGGAAAAGCGACAACUCCUUCAGCGACCAUCCAGCCAUGAGCAGUCACAUGUCGACCAUACAAAUACUAGAGAUACUAUCCAAAAUACAAUCCUACUACCCAAUAGACCCCGAUCUUCUGCAGUCUAUCAAGAAAUGGAUACAAAACAGGCAGCAACCAGACGGCUCCUUUAUACCCCUACCAGCUGACAAAGAAAUUGAUUACUACCCUGUUGAUGUUAAAAAGUUAAACAGUACAGAAGGUGAAGCGAAUGUUCGAGACUAUUAUAUGUAUGACAAGGAUGGCAAUGCGACGAAAGAAACGCUAGAGUGGGAGAGGAGAGUUGAGUUGACUGCGGAGACGCUAUCGACAUUAUUGGAAGUCGGGAUUGAAAAUCAGAGGGAUGCUAAUGUAGCGAAGAAAGCGCAAAAGUUCUUGGAGAAGAAUCUGUACAAUUUGACGUCACCGGCGGCACUCGCCGCUACCGUGCUGUCGCUUGUUCUAGCCAGGAGUCCAAUCGUCCCUGAAGCUUUAGUCAUACUGAAGAAUGCUUCCACCACCGAGGAGGGAGAGUUCGGGUGGCCGGCGCCGGGCAGGGACGCAGCUGAUUGGCUCUUGGAAGAAACCACCAGGACUAUCAAAACCACUUCUUAUGAAGCCGUAACAAUGGAGCAGUACCUAGCGGGUGUCAAAGUGCUACUCACAGCUUGCGCUCGCGGCGCCCUAGCGGACGGCGAGGCGGCGGCGAGGUUCCUGUACUAUAGGGCGACUACACUGCAGAAGCACCCGAGCCUGGCUUAUGGGGCUACUAAAGCCGCCGCCAUGUUUGCUGCUCUCGCUCAUGACAGGCACCGAGCCCUCACGGUCUCCCUGGCAACAGCGGGCAUGGAGCUCACGGACACGUUGGAGCUGCGCGCUCGCACCCCCCCGCGCCCGCUGCAGCUGCCCGGCCUGCCGACCAAGGUCUUCGUGUAUGCUACCGGCGCUGGCUGUGCUACUGUUCAGGGGACGAUAAGCUACUCAACAUACACACCAAAACCUGGGAACUCUUUGCUGAAUAUCCAAGCAGCUAUCAUUGAAGAAAUAAGGCCUGAGAGGAGCAGUCUUGAAGACUUGCAAGGAAAUUUGCCUACUCUGAAUAUCAAGAAUUGCUUUAGAUGGAAAGGCAAAGAGAGGUCUGGUAUUUUGCGGCUAGAAGUAUCGCUAUUUUCUGGGUACGAGCUUCAUUCUGUGAACCCGGUGGUGCUUGAUGGGGCGUCGUUCGCAGACUUGCACUACGGGUCUAGAGGGGAAUCCAUUUGGUUCGUCUUCGCGAAUAUCAGCUCAACGUGUCCAGUUUGCGUGACAUACCAAGCUCGAUCCCACUUUGUCAUCACCAGCUUGCGCCCAGCUUUCGCAAAGAUCUACCCUUCGACCAGACCUGACCUUGCUGUAGAAACAUUCUUCCAUGCCACAGCUGGUAGUCCCUUACUUAGAGGCAUUACUGAUGAUGACUUCAUCACGUGGUUUGACAAAACUGAAUUAGCCAGCUUAAAAACUAAAAUCAGUAUUGAUAAUAUCUGCGAGUGCGGGCGAAUAUGUAGCAAUGACUAUAAAGACAAGAAGUUUGAUAAAGAGGCGGAUAAUAAAUCACGAGAAUCAGUCACCGAAAUAAAUACUGUUAAAACAUCUGAAACUGCUGCUGUUACUGAAGCCAACUUAAAUGCUAAAUAUGAAUCAUCCACCGCAAAAAUGACUGACGUAACAACUGCAGCAGGUAUACCUUUGUCUAGCUUUACUCCAUCGACCAUGUUAGGUGAAAAAGUUGAUAUCGUUAAUUUAGUUACCACAACAACACCAUCGGCAGAAGUGGAUCAUAAUGAUCCUAUUAUUAUACCAACUGCCACAUUCGUAAACAAAACAGACGAUCAAAAAGUGGAUAAUAACUUGGUACCUUUACCAAUCAAAGGUGGCGAGUUAAUUAUUCAGAAAGUGCCAUCAAAAAUUACAAUGAAAAAAGAUUCAGAAAUAAAAAAGAAACCUCUACCAAGAAGAAAAGGUACCCUUAAAUCAACGUACGGAGACAAACAUGACAAAUUCUUUGCUCAAGUUCUUAAUAACUCACUAGCUACAAAUAAAGCUAUGUCAAAAACAUUAACAAAGAAAAUAAAACCAAUCAAAACUAAAGAAACUAUCAAACUAGAAACGAAAACAAUCUAUUCAACAGUUGAAAAGCCAAAGGUAGUGAGCAACAAAGUAACAUUUAGCAAUGAUUCGAUUAAAAUGAACAAUACUAAUGUUCUGGAAAGCUCCGCGAAGCCAGCUAUAUCUGAAAUUACUACUAAAAUACCUCCAAAAAAUAUGACGAACAUGAUGAUGCCUCAUUCUGAAACUGCAACAGUAUCCCACGUUAUUGCAGCUGUGACAAAUAGUAAUUUGAGAAGCAUUUUUCAUCGAACUAAGAAACCUAAAUCUGCCACACAAAUUAAAAAGCCCGAUACCCAAAAAAGUCUUUUGAAUACAGAAAUUUCAAUAAUUAAUGAAACAUCAAAUUCGGCUGUGAACAUAACUUCGACAAAAUCUCAAGUUGAACCAAAGGAAUUACACUACACCAAACCAGUUAAAUCUAUCAAUAAAGAAAUACAUAAGAUACCUAACAAACCGAUAUCAGAAACAUCACAAGCUUUGGGUGAUAAUAUCAAACCUGAUAUAGCACCAGAAAAUAGAGAAGGUUUUGAAAUUUUAGAUAAAAAUCACAUAUGGCAACUUUUAAAAGAAGGUUCCGAUGUGGAUACUUCUAAAAUAGAAGACAAAUUAAAAGUUCACAGCAUACUUAAACCACUUAAUUUCUCUAGUACGGACGAUAAUCGUUCAUUAUAAAUUUAAUUGUUAUGUAUUACGUAAGGUAUAAAUUCAGCUAAUAUUUUUGUAACCCAUUCACACCAUGAAAUUAUUCUGCAGACGCUAACAUUAUUGUCUAAUGUUUAAAACAAUUAACUCCCAUUAAAGAGCACGGUCAUAGUUGAUUGAUAGAGUAAAAAUGCACUAAUCGUUUCAUAAUUAAUUAAGAUGUAUGUGCUUGUAAAUAUAGACAUAAGUUCUGUUUAUAAAUGGCACUGUGUGAAGUAAAACUUUUGUGAAUAACGUGUAUGUCGCCUAUUUGCUCAAAGCCCUAGAUUAAGUGGAAGUUGAUGGCUAUUCAUUUUUUUAAUCUAGAUAGUACCUAUACAUAAUCUUGACUAGAUACAUAAUCUUGACUAUUGCCAAAGUGAACUAUAUUCAGGCUGUUUAGCCUAUCUUUGUAGAAUAAUAGUGACAACAAUGUCUGUUAGAUUGCUAGAAACUCGGUAAGUUUAUAUAAUAAAAUAAAAUGAUUAGGUAAAAGGCAGCAUAAAAACGUUUGAAUAAUUAUUGUCAAAAUUAAAAAUGUAGUACAACUCAGUGCCAAUAUUUCGUUCCUAACAAACUAAGCUAGGCUCGUGAUGUUAUUGAAACCUGAUACAUUUAUCGUAGUAACAAGAAUAUCAGUUUUAUGAAUUCAAAUUUUAUCUUCCCUUCAAAUUCUUCUAUCUAUGUAUCUUUAAAUAAUGUACCUAUACUCCUUAGCAUUUAUACAUAGGAGACCUUAGUGUUUUAGUAAAAUCUUAUGUACUAAAGCUAAAGCCCCAGUAUUUCCAUCCGACUAAUCUAUCAAUUUUCUGUAAAUUUGUAGUUUCUUACUUAAAAUAUUGUAGAAAAUUUCAGUUUUUAUGUAUCGCGUAGAAAAUGAUAAGCCAUGAAUGCAUUAUAAAAAAAAACUUCAUACAGCCAUAUUGAUGAACAGAACAAAUACUUGCUACGACGCCGACGUAGCACCU